UCUUCCAAUUUAUUUCUCUUUCUACACCAAGCAAAUUCAAGCACCAAGAAAGGAACAUACAAACAACUCUCUCUCUCUUGCUCUCUCUAUCUCUCUCUCUCUUUCCAUACCCACCUCUCUCCCCCUUGUUUCUUAAACAAUACCCAAACCCUAUGGCUCAGUCAAAUUGAGACUUCCUUCCUUGGUUACUGUUAUUAAGAAGUUUCCAAAUUGAUUUUUGUUUAUCUCCAGUGAUUUUCCAUCUCUGUACUUGAGUAUUGAUCUGGGGUGUGGAUUAUUAGGUCAUUCUUUGGGUCUAGCGUGAGAGUAUGCAGGGUGUGUUUUGAGAAACUUGAUCUGGGUCUUUGUUAUUUUAUUGGGAUUUUGAGUUGUUGAUCUGGGCUUGUGUUCAUAUUGGCUCUAUUUUUCUGAUUUGGAAGGGGAAGGGGAAUAGGAUCAAGAUUUAGGCUGGUUACUGAGGGGAUUGGUUUGUGUAGUGUAUUAUGAGAAUCUGAAGAGGUGUUUCAAUGGCUGUAGCAGAGUUGGUUGAGAUCAAAUUCAGGCUUGCUGAUGGCAGUGAUAUUGGACCAAACAAGUAUAGUCCUAGUAGCACUGUGGGAUCCCUCAAAGAGAAGAUAAUUGCACAAUGGCCCAAAGAUAAAGAAAAUGGACCCAAGACGAUCAAUGAUGUGAAGCUUAUUAAUGCUGGAAAGAUACUGGAAAACAACAGAACGCUUUCUGAAUCUAGACUUCCAGUCGCUGAAGUUGCAGGUGGUGUCAUCACUAUGCAUGUUGUCGUGCGCCCUCCCAUGGUGGACAAAAACAAUGAUAAACUGCACGAUGAUACCCCAAUAAAGGGCGGGUGUUCAUGUUCAAUCUUGUAACUCAUCUGACAGAUAACCUAAUUCAGCUUCUUCAUCUUCGUUCUAUAUUAUCAACACAAAUUGGCGGCGUUCCUUGGGAUCUAGUAUUGUUGAAGUCGUGGUACCUUGUCAUUCUCAUCAACACAGGAUCUUGCAAAUUGCAAUUCCCUGGUAAAAGUUGGCAGAAGGCAAGAAAGUGAUAUGGUGGAUUGCUUGGUAGGAACUUUGAAAACCAACCUUUUUCAUAUUUUAUGUUCUGUGGGCACCAACAAUGUAAAAAAACAUUAUUGUUGAAAAAGAUCAUAGUUUGGCUUUGGGUUUUAGUUUGGAAUUCAUUGUUACUGGGUUGUUAAGACAAGGAAUGCUAUACUCUAUGAUACUAUUGUUUGCUUUACUUA